AUGCACUUGUACCUUUCUUGCUGUGUUCCUUUUCUAUAUUUAAUGCAAGUUCCACUGUUGAAAUCUAUUUCUCUCUCUCUGCCCCGUGCAAGACUCCUUUUCUCUCUCUCUGCCCCGUGCAAGUCCCCUUUUCUCUCUCUCUGCCCCGUGCAAGUCCCCUUUUCUCUCUCUCUGCCCGUGCAAGUCUCCUUUUUUCUCUCUCUGCCCCGUGCAAGACUCCUUUUCUCUCUCUCUGCCCGUGCAAGACUCCUUUUUCUCUCUCUCUGCCCCGUGCAAGACUCCUUUUUCUCUCUCUGCCCCGUGCAAGACUCCUUUUCUCUCUCUCUCUGCCCCGUGCAAGACUCCUUUUCUCUCUCUCUGCCCCGUGCAAGACUUCUUUUCUCUCUCUCUGCCCCGUGCAAGACUUCUUUUCUCUCUCUCUGCCCCGUGCAAGACUCCUUUUCUCUCUCUCUGCCCCGUGCAAGACUCCUUUUCUCUCUCUCUGCCCUGCAAGACUCCUUUUCUCUCUCUCUGCCCCGUGCAAGACUCCUUUUCUCUCUCUCUGCCCCGUGCAAGACUCCUUUUCUCUCUCUCUGCCCCGUGCAAGACUCCUUUUAUCGCUUUCCAACUGUUGUCUUCUAA